AUGAUGUCCUUUCGAUUAUUCCUCUCAGCUUUCCUAGCAUUGAAAUCAGUCUCAUGCUUUCAGCUUCCUGUGAGCGCCCACAAUCAGCGCAAGGAACAAGUCACAACAAGCCUCGAAUCCUUUUCUCGGCGCCAAUGGAUUGCGUCCACAGCUUCCUUGGCAACUGGUUUUGCGACAGUGCUGGAGCCCGUUUUCGCAGAAGAAUUGGAAAUGAAAGAUUUUGUUGAUCCUCAAGGGCUUUUCUUUCUCCGAGUGCCAAAGGGUUUCUACACCUUGCGACGAACACAAAAGGGCGAUUUGCCGGAUGCCAAGACUGGCAAAGGACGCCGUGGAUCCAGUAUCUUCACAGCAGGGAACAUGGCCAAAGCCGAAGUCAUUGCUGUAGAACGAUACCCAGUGCGGGUCCUGCUCGAAGAGAAUGGAAUUGAUGCCACCGGAGACUUGUCCACCUGGAAUGCCAUUGGCAAACCCGAAGCUGUGGCAAACUUGUUGGUUUUUCAGCGAGAAAAAGACAACCAAAACCAGCUUUCCAAGACUCUAUAUGAUGCGAAGAUUUCGGACGAUGGAAAGGAACUUACCUUUCGAUUAAAGACAGAAAUUGACGUGCAAAAGCCUGAGCUUUUGCUUGAACAAACGGGAGUUUCACAGCUAUUUCGUAUUACCCUAGCGAAAGCCACGCUGAACUCCAACGAUGGAAAUCUUAUGGCAAUAUUUGCCAGCGCCCUCGAGCAAGACUUCACUAAUGGGAUAGACGGACCAGCGCUGGAAGAUACUGUGCGAAGUUUUGUGGCUACGGAACAGCGUGUCGUGGCGUAG